AUGGGAGAGGAAAAAUUUGAGACGGGAAUUAUUGUUUGGAUUCCUGGUGAAGAGAUGCAGAGUUCAUUGGCAAUAGCUGCACAAGCCCAGCCUGAAUCUACUGAUUCUUUGGAGUCUGAAGGGGACAGAGACAAUUCUCCUCUGCAUAUCCCCUACCCAUCCUUAACGGGAAACCGUGGAAUGGAAAGAGUUGCUGAACAAAAUAUUCUUCUAGAAUGGGAUGAAUUUGUGGUUCAGAUUCUGUGUAGUUUGCGGGAAGUGGUUUCAUUUGUGACUGGAACAGCAUGCUGUGGACAUAAUUCACCUUUGAGAAUCUGGGACUUAGGGAGUGGGCAGCUGAUCACCUGUCUUGGAACAGAUUUCCACAGAGGAGCUGGAGUCUUGGAUGUUUUCUAUGAAACACCUUCAACUUUGCUCUCUUGUGGAUAUGAUACCUACAUAAGAUACUGGGAUUUAAGAACAAGCACAAAGGAAUGUGUGAAGAAAUGGGAAGAACCACAUGACAGUGCCCUAUAUUGCAUUAGAAGCAAUGGAAGUCAUAUGAUUGCAAGUGGCUCCUCUUAUUAUGGAGUGGUACGUCUUUGGGACAAACGACAAACGAGAUGCUUGCAGAGUUUCUCCUUGUCAUCCCCUAUCAGCAGUCCUGUAUACUGUCUACGUUUCAGCACCACUCAUCUCUAUGCAACACUGGCAUCAGCACUAUAUGUCCUUGAUUUCACUACCUCCUGACAUGAUAUGCUCGGACUUCAGACUCAGGGAGCACAAAAAAUAAUAAUAAUAACAUCUUUAAGACAAUAAAACAGCAGUUGGUAAAGAACAUCCCAUUUCUGCCUUCUGGUGUUAGUAAAAUCUAAUGUAUCUUUCCAACCCAAUAUUUUGUACACUUUUGAUUUUGGUUACUUUUCUUAUGCCUAGAAGUUCAGUAACUCUUAGUGUGUGCAUAUUCUUUGGUACCAGCAUAGUUUGGGCUUCUGAAUAUUGCAUGUUCAUAUAUUUCAUUGUGGUAAUUUAAUUAAAGAGGAAGGAACUGUAUCUGGACAGUGAAGUAGAAGAAAAUAUUUUAUUUCUGCUUUACUGACAUCCAGUUUUUUUCAUGAAUAAAUAUUGGGCCAUAAGAUUGGAAACUUGGUUGACUCUCUGUAAAUUAAAUCAAGUAUAAAUAUUAUUGUUUGGCACCAUAUAAGAACUGCUUUAUUGGAUCAAUGCUGACAGGCCUGGUAUUGAGUAAAUUAUUAAAGUAGCACACAAAAUGUAUCUUUGAUUGCAAAAAGUAACUGAAUAGUCACAUUUGACUUUUAUUCAGUACCAUGAUUUACUUAACUUAUCUAAGAUGUACACAGCAAGCUGAGAAUAAAUAUUCCUGAAAAA